AUGGCAGAAGGUGUUAAUAAGGCCACCCUUUUCUUUUUCUUGGCCAUUUUCGCCGUUUCUAUUCCAUGCCUACAAGCCAACAUUGCCGAUGAGUACGACGAAUAUAUCAUUAAACGAUCUGAGGAAGCCCGCAGGGCCGCUCUAGAAGCCUACGAGCCUGAACCCUAUAAUGUCACCUCCGAAUUCAAUCUCCACGUUCACUUAGCAUUGAAAGAGAGCAACAGGAGGGGGCUGAGGAGGAGUCAAUACGCAGGACCAUGCAUGGCCACCAACCCUAUUGACAGGUGCUGGCGGUGCAGGCGUGAUUGGGCCACAGAUCGCAUGAGGUUAGCUACCUGUGUGAAGGGUUUUGGCCGGAAGACCACCGGAGGACUAGGUGGCCGGAUAUAUGUGGUCAACGAUCCCUCUGACAGCGACUUGCAGAACCCGAAGCCCGGAACUCUGCGGUACGGGGCAAUCCAGGACGAGCCAUUGUGGAUCAUCUUCGAACGCGACAUGACCAUCGUUCUGCAACAGGAACUCCUAGUUAACUCGCAUAAGACCAUCGACGGUCGUGGCGCCAACGUCCAGAUCACCAAAGGUGCUAGCAUUUCCUUGUUCAUGGUCACCAACGUCAUCAUCCACAACAUUCGCAUCCACGACGUGGUACCCAAGCCAGGUGGUCUCAUUAGGGACUCCGUUCAGCACGUCGGCAUGAGAACCCGGAGCGAUGGAGACGCCAUCUCCAUCUUCGGCUCCUCCAACAUCUGGAUCGAUCACAUUUCAAUGUCCAAAGCCGCCGAUGGGCUCGUCGACGUCAUCCAAGGCUCCACCGGCGUCACCAUCUCCAAUUGCCACAUGACUAAUCACAACGACGUGAUGCUGUUAGGAGCAAGCGAUGUGUACUCAGGGGACAAGAUAAUGCAGGUGACGGUGGCGUUCAACCAUUUCGGGCAGGGACUGAUACAGAGGAUGCCCAGGGCGAGAUGGGGAUUCGUGCACGUAGUGAACAACGACUAUACUCACUGGAUCAUGUACGCCAUAGGUGGAAGCUCCGGGCCGACGAUACUGAGUCAGGGAAACCGAUUCAUUGCUCCGAACGACCACGCGGCGAAGGAGGUGACGCACAGAGAGUACGCGACGCAACAGCAAUGGAGCUCGUGGAGGUGGACGUCGGAAAUGGACUUGUUAGUGAACGGAGCGACGUUUCUGCAGUCGGGAGGGCAGAUAGUGACUCAGUCAUACGGAAAAGACGCAAUGAUCAAACCCAGAGAUGGAGCUUUUGUGACAAGGCUGACCAGGUUUAGUGGUGCUCUGGGCUGCCGAGUGGGAAAGCCUUGCUAG